AUGAUAGGAAAUAUUACGCAACAAAAUUCUAGUCCAUUCUAUCAGACUAAUCGUAAUAUUUAUAUAAUGGACACUAGAAAUUAUACGUGGGUUGAUUAUUUUGAAUUGUCAACAAAUACAACAACGCAACCAUCUCCAACGGCUCCCGUAAUUAUUGUUACAAACUCUGAGAGUAAAUCGGUUACAAUUAAAAAGAUAAUCGCAGCAAUUGGAGGAAUUGUUGGCGCCACUAUAAUAAUAGUUUGUGGACUGUUAAUUUAUAAAUGGAAUGAACAUAAGAAAAACCUAUCUACUUUUCGAACUGCUAAGCAUACAGAUAAAGAACAUAAUUUAUCCGAAGUAGUGAUGUAG